AUGGAAAAAAUCAAAGAAACAAGUGAAGCUAAAGAGAAAAUGAAAGCAAAGGAAAAGGUGGCGGAAGAAUCAAGAAAAAAGAUAGUAUUACAAGCGAUUGAAGAAGACAGAGAAAAAAGAAUCAAAGAGAGAGAAAGACAGCAAUUUAGACAAAGAGAAAAGGAAAGACAAUUGGAAGAACAAAAAGAAUCGAUGGAAAAAGAAAAAUUGAAAGAAAAUGAAUUGUUACCAUUGGAAGAAGAAGAUUAG